AUGGCGCCCCGCAAGACCGCCGCCGGCGACAAAGCCCCGAAGGUACCUGCCAUCAAGAAGAGCGCAGACAAGGUCAUCAAGCGACCGGCUCGCGGAUAUCACAAAUUUCGAAAUGGCCUACUCAACGUCACACCCAAAGGUGGUGAAAAGGAUCUAGCCGAAAAACGCCACGGCUCUUCUGAGGACCUGUCGUCAGAUCUAUUCAGAAACCGCAACCAUGCCGCUGGCUCUCACGAUAUUCUCCAUCGGUUCUUGCCGGGAGCUAGGAAGAUCGCUUAA